AUGUCAAGCGUGCCCUCUUCCACCAACAACUGCCAAUUGCAACGACUUCAUGCUGAGCCCCGUCUUCGACCUCACCCGACUCUCAGCUUACUAUCUAUUUUCUCAGCAAUUAUUUUGCAAGAAAUAAGAACUGCAAAAAAAAUGCUUUCGAAUGGUUUAUCGAAACCUUCCGCUUUGGAUAUGUUGAUUUCAGGUUGCCCACCUCCGUCAUAUCGUUCAUCAACAAAUGCUGAUGACAGUGGUACGUUCAUCAGCAACGAGUCUUCAUCCUUCCCAGCAACAGUCGGUCCAUGUAUCAAGAGACGAUAUUCCUGGGCUAAUUUAAUUGAAAAGCAUGCUGACCUGAAUCGCAGUGAUUUCCCGCAUUAUUCAGAUUCUUCAUGUUCAGUGCCCUUGACAAGAACCAGUGCUGGUAUUGAAGACAGCAUGCCUUAUUCGCGACAUGUCUCUCAAGUGCCAAAUUCUUGUGCAAAAAACAACAAUUAUCUUGAAAGAUAUAACUUAAGCGGACGAUAUGCAAAACAUUUCACGCCGUUUUAUCAAUUAAACGCAGCUGGCGACCCCAUUGCUAUAUCAAAGUUGGACUCAUCCAACUCGCAGAAAUCGGCAAUGUAUUGUCGGACGACAAAGCGGUGCAUUAAGCAAGUAAGACAGUGGUUGAAGGAGCCAAAAAACAACUUCUCGGCAUUUCUAAUACUUUUGUUGACUCUCGCAUUUUGCUUGACAGUCGCUAUUUUACUUUUUGGCUUGCCCCUCACAGAAGAAUCACUGAAGUUUUCUUGGUUGCCACCUGUGGCAUUUCGUCUUCAACAAAAAUACCCUACAGACGUAAUUAUGUAUGAGGAUGGCCAUCAAGUUCGGUUCAAAAUCCGAGGAAACCUCCCGCUCAAAAAUGAUUAUUUGCUUCUAUACGAUUUUAAGAAGCAAAAGAAUAGUGAUGCUGAAGAAGAUGCUCAAAUUUCGAUGAACAAGUUUCUGAAUUCACUGACUCGGAAUCGUGGGCAGAUUUGUGUUCAAAAACUCUGUAACAAUUUCUUGCUGAGAAUUCCCGUGCAUGUGACAAUCGUUGUAAAAGAUAAAAUUCAGAGGAAAAUAGCGAUAAUCGACUCAUCACUGAAAAACAGUGGCAAAAAUUUGAUUUGUUUCGUUAUGAACAUGAAUAUUUCAUCAAUGCCGGACAGAGCUGCUCUCGAACUUGGAGCUCAAAAUGCUUUUAAGCGCAAAGAACAAACUCAAGGUUGGGAAGAAGUAUGGCACUUUGUGCCUGUAUCAUAUUUCGAUGAUGUAUCUACAAUCUUCGACCCAUCCAUUGCUGACUGCGAGGGAUCACGAUGGAUUUUACUCAACUACACUGAAGUCAAUCAAAGAGAGCAAAAGUGUAGUGAAUGUUACGAUUUUUGCUUGCCUGAACUUGGUCUUGAACGCGAUCGUUUACGAGCAGAAUCAUUUCUAAAUAUAGUACGUCGUGACUGUUUUUAUAUUUUCGUACCGGAAUGGCGUUCCUUUGCUGCAGCAUACGCGAAAAGACAGCACCAACUUGACUUUGAACGCUUUGGUCAUGAUGGGAAGAAUCGGUUGAGUCUCAAUGUGAAUGAUAAUGCAAACGAAAACAGAUUUGGCAGGAAUCAUUUCAAUGUUAUUAGUGAAAUAGCAGAACCUAUAACAGAUCAGCGCCAACGUCAAAUUUUCGAGUCAAAAUGGAUCUCACUGCAAGAAUUACCCGGUAAAUCAGAUGCACCUCGACUUUUCUCCAAACCUUAG